UGGAUGGACAGCCAGAGAAUGAUAAAAAAGUGUCAUCAGAGGUAUCAGUUGUAUCUGAUUCGUCGCCUAUUCACGAAGUUCAUAAUCAGUUAAAAUUAACAGAGCAGAUCGAAGAGGUACCAAAG